UCGAGACUACAAGCCCAUCUUGAUCGCAAAGUGUUGAGGAGCAAAUCCUAGUGCAAAAUGAAAUCCAUGCUCAUUUUCGGCCUUGUGGCGAUGUGCGUGCUGGUGGCCAGCGCCAGCGAGGAGGCGCCCAAGAAGCCAGUGGAGGCCGCUGAGCCCGCCGAGAAGAAGCAGGAGAAGCGCGGCAUCGGUCACGGCCUGGGCUACGGCUACGGACCGUCCGCCGGUGGUGCCAUCCUGGGAUCCGGUAUCGGAGUGGCACAUGCCCCCGUUGCCAUUGCCGCCCCCAUUGCCCACCACGCCGUCGCCGAGCUGCCCACCCAGGUGCACACCAACACAGUGAUCAAGACCGUGCAGGUUCCCUACCAGGUGGAGCGCCACGUGCCCUACCCAGUGGAGAAGACCGUCACCUAUCCCGUGAAGGUGCCCGUGCCACAGCCCUACCCCGUGGAGAAGAUCGUCCAUGUGCCCGUCAAGGAGAUCGUGAAGGUGCCCGUUGAGGUGCCCCAGCCCUACCCCGUCGAGAAGGUCAUCCGCAUCCCCGUCAAGAUCCCAGUCGACCGUCCCUACCCCGUGCACGUUGAGAAGCCCUACCCCGUGCCGGUCGAGAAGCCCGUGCCCUACACCGUUGAGAAGCGCGUGAUCCACAAGGUGCCCUUCCAUGUGGACCGCCCAGUGCCCUACAAGGUGGCCGUGCCCGUGCCCGUCCAUGUUGAGAGCCACGUGAAGCCCGCCGUGGCCGUCACCCACACCGUUGCCGCCGCUCCGGCCUACAUCAGCCACGGCAUCUCCGGCCACGGCAUCUCCGGUCACGGCAUCUCCGGCCACGGAAUCUCCUCGUACGGAGUCUCCGGACACGGCAUCUCCUCCUAUGGCGUCUCCGGCCACGGUGGCUACCUCCACAAAAAGUAAACGAAACGCAAAGCUGUCGAGGGCCAAUUGAGAGGUGAAGCCGGGUGAAGACGGGCGAAUCAACAAGUCGGAAGUAUCCAAAAAGACAUCCCAAAAAGCACCCCACAUUUUCCCAUGCCCAGCAACCGCCAACGUACGACUUACAAAUUUAGUUCUUAGUUUGUGAUACCAACCGAAAUUGCAAGAGGAUCCCGAGCGGGAGAAGACCACUCAUCUGGCGCAAACAGAAACAGAAACAGUUCCAGUUCCAGUCCCAGUCCCAGAAAGCUUGCCACAAUCCCUCUGGGGCGCUCAGAUGUUGCCUGUCCCCCUCUCAUCCGAUGCCUCUGAGUGUACAGUGCUUUUGUAGACAAUCACCGAGAAAUACUGCUGACGAGUUGCUCCUUCGACUUUUUCGUGUAAAUUUCUUUUCUAUGAAAUGUUUG